AUGGGAAACUGCGUCCGCAGGAUGCUGCAGAAGAUCUUCCACAGAGUCCCCUGCGACAUACCUAUCAUCUCGACUCCGGAGAAGCUCCCCUCGGCCAUGCCGGCUUCUCUCUCUAGUAAGUUCUCGUCGGCGGAGAUGGAACCCGUGCUGCAGAUGCCCCUCUGCGAUCUCUCCUCAAUGUUCAUCCUGGAGAGAGAACUGGGGAGGGGGCAGUUCGGCGUGACCUAUCUCUGCACCGAGAGGGCCACCGGGGGAAGCUUCGCCUGCAAAUCCGUCUCCAAGCGGAAGCUCGUCGACUGGAGAGAUAUCGACGACAUGCGGAGGGAGGUGACGAUCCUGCAACAUCUCUCAGGGCAACCCAACGUGGUGGAGUUCAGAGGAGCAUACGAAGACCAUGAGAAAGUUUACAUCGUCAUGGAGCUUUGCUCCGGCGGCGAGCUCUUCGACCGGAUCGUCGCCAAGGGGAGCUACUCCGAGAAGGAGGCUGCCGCAGUCUGCCGGAGCAUCGUCACGGUGGUGAACGUCUGCCACUUUAUGGGCGUCAUGCACAGGGACCUCAAGCCGGAGAACUUCCUCUUCUCCGGCGCCGGCGAGGGCUCCGAGCUCAAGGUCACGGAUUUUGGUCUCUCUGUCUUUAUCGAGGAAGGUCAGUUCAGUUCAGUUCCUCCGCCGAAAAGCGGCGGCGGCGCCGGGCACUGACCUCUUAUCGCCGCCGUGUUUCUCUCUCUUCUGCCGCAGGGAAGGUGUACCAGGGUAUCGUGGGGAGCGCGUAUUAUGUGGCCCCUGAAGUCCUUCGCCGGAGCUACGGGAAGGAGAUCGACGUUUGGAGCGCGGGAAUCAUCCUGUACAUCCUCCUAAGCGGCGUCCCCCCGUUUUUGGCCGGUAAGGAAGGAGAGGGAAAACCCGGGCUUCUGAUGCAUUCUCUUUUCCUGCUUGACCGUUGGCCGGAAUCUUAAGUUUCUUCGCGGUAGAGACGGAGAAGGGGAUAUUCGACGCGAUACUGCAUGGGAAGCUCGACCUGGAGAGCGAUCCCUGGCCGUCCAUCUCCCCCGCCGCCAAGGACCUCGUCGAGAAGAUGUUGACUCGCGACCCCAAGCAACGGAUAACCGCUGCUCGGGCCCUCGGUAAGUCAACCACGAGCGUUUCGGAUCAUAAGUCAACCAUGGUCACGUCGGUCAAAAUGGGACAGAUCAUCCGUGGAUCCGGGUGGGCGGGGAGGCGUCGAACAAGCCCAUUGGAAGCGCGGUGUUGACCAGGAUGAGGCAAUUCAGGGCCAUGAACAAGCUGAAGAAACUAGCCCUAAACGUGAGCCCUUUUCUUUGUUUUUCCUCCUUCAACGGAAUUUCCUUUUUGGUAAACGUUUUCCUCUUCUGGGUGUGCAAGGUCAUCGCAGAGAACCUCUCCACGGAGGAGAUCAAGGGCCUGAAUGUGAUGUUCAGGAACAUGGACGCCGACGGCGACGGAACCAUCACCUACGAGGAGCUGCAGAUCGGGCUUACCAAACUGGGGUCAAAGUUCUCCGAAUCCGAAGUGAAGCAGCUCAUGGAAGCCGUAAGAGGGUUGACUAGGUGUCCCCAGUUGCCAUUUUUGGAAUGUAAAGGCCGCGCGAGCCGUUGACCUUUUUGUGGGUUCCUCGGCAGGCGGAUGUGGACAAGAACGGAACCAUUGACUACACCGAGUUCAUCGCGGCGACCAUGCACAGACACAAGCCGCUGAAGGAAGAGGACCUGCUCGAGGCGUUCCGGUACUUCGACAACGACGGCAGCGGGUCAGUCAACGCUAUUUCUCUCUCUCUUUCUCAUAAUAAUGCCCUACAUAUAUUAAACUUAUAUAUUUAUGGUUAAAAAAUUGUAAAAAGACCACCACCGGCAUCAUGAACCCAGUAGCUUUUUUGGAAAACGGUAAAAAUGUCUCCUUUAAUGGUUCAUCUCUCCGGUCUUCUGGGCGUCAGAUUAAUCACGAGGGAGGAGCUGAAGCAGGCCUUGGCGAAGCACGGGAUGGGCAACGACGCAACCAUCGACGAAAUUAUCGACGACGUGGACGCAGACAAAGUGGGUGGCGGCUGUGUUCUUCCUCGGGUUUCCUCGCCCCAAGUGGGUCUUCUGUUGACUUUCCUCAUCGAGAUAUUUUCUUCCUCGGAGCUCGCAGGAUGGGAGGAUAAACUACGCAGAAUUCGUCGCCAUGAUGCGGAGAGAGUGA